GCGGUUUUGCGCUUAUUGCCAUCUCAUCUAUCGAGGAGGUGUUUUCGCACACACAAGCUCGGUUUGGGAGGCAGUAUGAGAACACCUCUAUUGUGGGAUUUCUCGAGGAGAGCGAUCCUUUUGAUGCCUGUACGCCUUUGAAGAAUAAUCAUACUGGAUCGAUUGUACUUGCGAUUCGAGGAGGGCCGAGGAGAUGCUCGUUUGAUACAAAGGUUGCAAAUGUAAGUGUUGACUUGAUGAUUGUAAAAGGUAGAUUGAGUCAUCGGGAGCAGUUGCCGCUAUUAUCAUGAACUCCCUUCCAUCUCCCUUCGAGAAUGACGAGUUGAUAGAGAUGGGUACGAAAUCUGAUUGGAAUCUAUCGAUCUCGAGUAUUUUUAUUACACACGCUUCAGGAUCCGUGCUUCAAUCGUAUUUGCAUAAAAACGGAUCCCUAUCCCGAUUGCUUGUUGUGGUAAAUUCGACAGGGGAGGAAAUCCUGACGGUACCGACGUUUUGGGAUAUGUUUGUAACCUUCCUCCAGCUUUCCAUCGUGCUUUGGACGUCGAUAGGACUACUGUAUUUUUUCUCUUUUUUGAUGGGAGUAUUUCAACGUUUCAAGCGACGUUUGGCCAUUCGGCAGAUGCACUCGAUUGUGGUGGAUUCCAAUAAUUUCCACGACUCCUAUUGCACCGAGUGUUCCAUCUGCCUGGAAGAAUUCAAAAAAGGAGAUCAUGUCAAAGUCUUGCCUUGCAAGCAUGUAUUCCACGAGCAUUGCGCUAAGGAGUGGAUUGUCGAUGUUCGUGGCGUCUGUCCCCUCUGUAGGCAAGGAAUUUUUGCCAAGGAGGGAGAAGUGGGUUUGGAGGGAAAAGAUGAUUGGUAG